AGACUGCCAACCCCUGGAGGAAAGCCAAAUUCCUGCGAGUCGAGAGCGAGGGCUCGAGGGAGACAAGAUGUCCAUCAUAAAAUUUGAGUUUAACCCCAAAGUUGGGAUCGACAACCCUGCCUUGACACUGACUGAGGACACGGAUGGUGAGGGCAUGGGGGAGCCCCGCUUCUACCUCCUGACCAAGGACAGCACGGAGACCUUCGGCUUCUGCCUGCACGAGGAGCUGGGCUGCCAGGGCCACGUCAUCCGGCAGAUUGAGCUGGGGGGGGUGGCCCAGCGCAGGGGGCUGCAGGACGGGGACCGGCUGCUCCAGGUCAAUGGCCACUUCGUGGACCACAUGGACCACCUCAGGGUGGUGCAGAAGAUCAAGGCCAGCGGGAACCAGGUCCUGCUGGCGGUCCUGGACGGUGACUCCUACGAAGCAGCCAAAUCCCUGGGCAGGGACCUGUCCCAGAUGCUGCCGGAUGACAUCCGCCCGCGCCUCUGCCACGUCACGAGGGACAAAAGCGGCUUUGGCUUCAGUGUGUCGUGUCCAGAAGGUAAAGCAGGAUGCUGCCACCAUAAGCCACCCCAUUGUAGCACCUCACUCACCCCAAAGUGCCCCUUCUGCUCCUCCUGCAGGCACCAAGGGCACUUUCCAGCUGUCGGUGCUGCAGGACGGGCCAGCGGACAGGGCAGGGGUGCCACCAGGCUCCUGGCUGUUGGAGCUGAACGGGGACAGCGUGAAGAGCUACUCCCACACACAGCUCACCAAAAAGGUGCCUGGUCCUGGCAUGGGGCGAGGGAUGGGGCUGAGAAUGUCACUGAGAGCCCCGUGCUUCCCAUCCAGCUUAAGCAGAGCGGCAACAAGGUGACACUGCUGGUGGCAUCCAGCUCCGUGGAGGAGUUUUAUCGCCUGCGGGGCCUGCGGGUCACGGCUGCUUUGGCAGACACCUCCAGGCUCCCCUUCAAGGUCCGGGAGCUGCACCUGGUGAAGGGUCCCGCUGGCUACGGCUUCCUGCUCAAGGAGGAUGACUGCAGCUCGGGGGGAGUAGGCCAGUUCCUGUGGGAUGUGGAUGUGGGGCUGCCGGCCGAGCAGGCAGGGAUGAGGGAAGGGGACCGUGUGCUGGCAGUGAACGGGGAGAGCAUCGAGGGGCUGGACCACGAGCAGACCGUGCGCAGGAUCCGCGCCCGGGAGGACCAGGUGACGCUGCUGGUCAUCGACCCCGCUGGUGAUGAGUUCUACCGCUCGAUCGGGCUGUCCCCCCUGCAGUUCUUUGAGGACAGUGACCCCGCCUCAGGCUCCUGCACGCCCUCCCUGCCCUCCCGCAGUGGCUCCCCUGCACUCUGUGACGUUGAGGUGGGACCCAAGGGACCUGUGUCCUGGCUGAUGGCUGCUGCCAACAGUAUAGAGAUCAUACAGAGCCAGCGCCAGGAGGAACAGACGAAGCUGUGCCAGGCAUUCUAACAGCCCAGGAGCCUCUGGACAGGCUCUCCCACACAGCACCUCCACCCAGGCCACAUCCAGCCCCUCGAGCCUCAGCACUGCUCAGCAUGGACCCUGCA